AUGGGCCAUUCCAACGUUUGGAACUCUCAUCCGAAGAACUACGGGCCUGGUUCCCGUACGUGCCGGGUAUGUGGAAACCCUCAUGGGUUGAUCCGGAAGUACGCCUUGAUGUGCUGCAGGCAGUGCUUCCGCAGCAACGCCAAGGAAAUCGGCUUCAUCAAGGUAUAA